ACUUGCCAAAUUCCGAUUUCGCCAUUAUUGUUGUUAGGGAAGCUUUGCGAGGUGUAUGGACAAAAAUUGAAAAGAAUGGCCGGUGCAAAGUUAUUUGUGGAUAAGAAACUUGCCCAAGGCAACAUUGUUGUGUUUUCUAAGUCAUACUCUCCUGAUUGUAAACUGAUACAAAGGAUCCUCGCUGAAUACAAUCUGAAGAACCUGUUGUAUGUUGACAUCGAAAGUAGACAGGACUGUACGCAGUUAGAAAACUAUUUACAGAUUCUCUGUCAGACGGACGCAAGAUCAGUUCCCCAACUGUUUAUUGGUACAAAAUACAUCGGAGGGGAAAAAGAACUGAUCAGAAUGCACGAAUCUGGACAACUAAAAAAAGUGUUCGAGGAAAACAAGUAGUGAUAUUACAGUGAUAUUACGUGAUGUGACUUUAUUCACUCUCUGAAACUAGACGGCUUCCAUCGAGAUCCAGUGCUUUGUAUCACUCUCUGACAUCUGUGGAAUCUUUUAUUAUAGAUUAGAGGGUAUGCGUCAACGACAUUAUGUAUUUGAAUUUACUAUUUCUUAAACUUGUAAAUUGCAAUCACAUAUGUCUAGUACUUUCUUUCAUUUUUUUUGUCAAAGAGUGAAAAAAACAUGUUGGAAUCAUUAUAAUUUAUGAAGAAUCAAUUUUUGUGUCUCCAUCUAUCCACAAAUUUUCAUACAUGAUGAAUUAUGAAACGGAGAAUUAAUUUAUCAAGAGGAACAUUCACGAAAUACGUUCCUAUGAACGUACGAAAAGUAUACGAUCUUUUCAUAAUUCCACAGAAUGGUCUGAGAUAUUGUUAUUUUUUAAAAAUCUAAUUAACUCUUAUAAGAUUCGUUCACGUUAAAAUAAAAAUGUUCCAAAUGUCAUAUUC